AUGGACGCUGUAUCUAGACGACUACUAAAAGAGCUGCGCGAGAUUGACAGAGAAGCCAAAUCACAUCCAGAGAUUGUUGAAUUGGCUCCUGAAUCAGACGACGAUUUGUUGCAAUGGAGAGCGAUACUUGCAGGAUUGGCAGACACACCAUAUGAAGGCGGCCAAUUUGAGCUUUCUAUCCAAGUACCUUCCAACUACCCAAUUCAUCCACCCACCAUAAAAUUCGUGACCACAAUAUGCCACCCCAACAUACAUUUUAAGACUGGCGAAAUCUGUUUGGAUAUAUUAAAAACGGCUUGGUCACCAGCCUGGACCCUGAAAUCAACUGUAUUGGCCAUCUCGCUCUUACUGACAAAUCCAGAGCCUUCCUCACCUCUCAACUGCGAUGCUGCGAAUUUACUGAGAUGCAAUGAUCAACUAGGUUACGAAAGUCUUAUUCGAAUGUAUACCCAACUCUAUGCGACAAAGUAA